AUGUCAUCAGCGUUACUGCAUCUAUUACUUACUGCUGACAUUACUUCAUACGGUGCGCUGCUUUCUGUGGAGGCAUGCGAGGCGUUUCUAGGAGAGCUACGCUCGCGACAACGAGUGGCGCUGGCGUUGCCUCUGUUCGGCUACGCCUAUCGGCUACGAAACAGCGCGCGUUACGAGUUACGCGCCGCCGUCAGGGGUCCCGCGCCACCGGGACCGUACACCGACGAGCGUGGGCUACUCGCCUAUUUCGAGAUCUGCCUGGAGUUCAGCUCCGACCUCUGGGUGUCCCUGUACGACAAGGAGGCCGAUUGCAAGAUCGCCGUCAACAGGGACAAGGGACAGUGGAUCGGAUACGACAACAAGGCCACCAUUCUCAACAAGGUACUGUUCGCCAAGCGCAUGCGCAUGGGCGGUAUCGCCGUGGUGACCGUCGACAUGGACGAUUAUAAUGGCGACUGCGGUCAGCGCAACGUGCUGCUCGGUCAGCUGCACAAUGCACUUAACGAGCUCGACCGGCCAAUCAGGAGGCUGCCGGCGAACCUCAGCCUGCCUCCGCGGCCGACGACCACCUUUCGGGCCGGGUUCCCUCAAGGAGACCACGGAGGACAGCCGACAUCCGCUAGGCCUGGCGGACGUCGUGAAGCCUAA